UGUAUGUCAAAUGACAAACAAUAAAAAGAUAUUGUUAUCAGUUAUUUAAAACAACUUUAACUGAGGUUUUUUGUUUCAAAAAUUUAUAUUUUAAAAAAGAUACGUUUUUUAAGUUUCGGUAUCUUAAAGUUCAAUAACGUAUGAAGUUUUCCAAUCAUUAUUAAAAUGAAUACAAUCGUUAAUAAUUGUCAGAAUAUUCUGCAAAAUUUGCUUCCUGCAUCUGCUUUAUCAGACGUAAACUGUUUUGUAUUCUAUGAUAAUCAUCCUAUGGACCAGAGACCGUUAGACAUUACUAUCUGCUCGAAAUGUGAAGUACGAGAAUAUUUCCAACGAGAAUUGAUAUCUUCGAUACAAAUUUUUAAUGCUUCCGAUAUAAGAAUAGUUAGGAAUGCUAAAUGUCAAUUAUUUUAUCUAGUUUCAUGCCCUAAUGAAAUUUUUAUACUAUCAUCAAGUCAAGGCAAAAUGGGUGUAUACAAACACAUCCCACAUGUUAAAUCUUUCACAAUGGAAGAUUGUUCUUGCACAGGGAAAGAAACUCUCAAAAUUAUCCAGGAACAUGAUGCCAUACCUCUGAUUUUGGAUGAUAAUUUUAAUAUUAUUGAACACCAAUUUGCUAUGACCAAACCUGGAACGGAUACUGAACAUAUGUUGUCUUUAAACUGUAAAUUGAAUACCAAAUUAACUGAAGCAAUGUUUAUAACAAAAUGUAAUGAAAAAACUUUGGAUGAGUAUAUCAAAAUAAGACAAUUAGCUUCAUUUUCUUUAUACCAAAAGGCAUGUAAUCAAGGUUAUUCUGCCAUAAACCUCAGUUUAGAAAGGGUAUCCAGUGCACUGAAGGUUGAGACUAAAGAUCCCAUUGUAAAAUUAUGUAAUAAAAAAAUUCUAGUAAUUUUAAAAAUAUGCAACAAAAAUCCAGAGUCAUUGGAAAAUGUUGUAGUAUUACUUCAAGGAACUAAUUUACCUUCAAUAGAUUAUACCACAAUACUAUUGAAAGAAACUUCUGAUGCACCACAUUUGAAGAAAAUUGAUUCUCAGAUAGACAGUAACUCGGAGGUAAUAGUUAUAGCAGUUGUUGACUUAGACGAACUUAAAUAUAAUGUUUCAAGUAGAUUGGAUUUUGAUGUUGUUGUAUCAUAUAAAAGGAAUGACGAAAUUUACUUGCUGCCAUUUAAAAGUGUUUCAAUAUCAGCCAUGGACACUAUGGGGACAGAUUUUGAUAUUUUAGCCUGUAAUGAAGAUUACAAAUCCAUAGUGUUAGCUGUAAUUGCAACAUCUCAAAAAUUUGAUUUAAAAUUAAGACACGUUAAGAGUAAUAACGAAGCGAGUGUUGAUCCUUCAAACAUAUUCCUGAAUUACUUAAAAAUGAGAUCAAUAUCUAAUAUUGAGAAUGUUGCCCUUCAUAAUGAAUCACCCUUCCAUAUAUUACAUGGUGUGAUGGUAGUUUACAACACCAGCAUCAUUCAAGAUCACACCAUAGACAUUCAGGUGUAUACGAGACAACCAUCACAAGUGCUGGCAUUAAUCCAUUAUAUGUAUCAGAAAGUACCGCACAGAAUAAUUGUAACCACAUCUAGGUUACAACUUAAGCCAAUUGUAGAUGAAUAUAAUUUAAAUGAUUUUAAAGAAGAAACAGACGCUAUUAGAUAUGAUUAUCAAGAUUAUGCUAUAUCUAUUGUGAAACAGAUUGAAAUAAUACAGAAAUAUUUACAUGAAUGUUUGGAGAAUAUGAAAGAAAACGGUGAUCAAACCCAGAAUAAAGUUGACAUUACGGCACAAGGAUUACAUGAAUAUAACAAAUUUAGAGAGGAAUUAUUAAAAAUAUUACAAUCGCAGAAAAAUAUCAAACAAGUGAAAGAAAAUGAGCUCCAAAUUCCCAUGUCGGAAUAAUGUCUUUGGAAAAAGAUGAAUUAAUAUUGAAAUAUUCAUCAGUGUAAUUUAAAUUUACAUAAAAGAAUUGAAGUAAUUUUACAUGUAUUUAAGGAGGAUAGAUAUUAUAUUUUUAUUACCUAUAUGUUUAAGAAAGCGACUAUUUUUAUAGAUAUGAUGCAUAGUUACCAAAAGAAAUAUUUUAUAAUAAAAGUGAAAAAUGUUGUGUCUUAUUUGAUAUGAAAAUACUGGUUGAAUUGUACAGGGUUAAAAAUGAAGUUGAAUAAAUUUGUAAUACUUUUUUUUAUUCUAA